AUGCUCACAACAACACCCUACCUCACAAUCCGGCGUCCCUCGCCCACCACCGCCGAAUUCACCCUAACCACCUGCCCACCUCUCACCCUCCGGCUGCGAGCCGCCUUGUUCGGCGUCCUCUGCCUGCGCUUCAUCGCCGUCCUCUCCGCCAUAAUCGGCAUCUACUCGGCCUUCUUCCACCCGUCAGGUUUACUUCCUCCACCCAUCUUCCCCUCCGGCCGCAUCACCCUCCUCGACUUCGAGCUCAACAAUUUCUUGCUACACAUCCUGCACCUCCUCUACGUCUCCGCGCCAGGCCAAUCCAUCGCCUCUCUUGCGACUUCCCUCCCACCCUACGCCGUCCUCGCUCUCUCAGCAAUAACGGCAUACAUAGCCUUGUUUGCCCGCAUCCACACCACCGAAUCCCUCCUAGUCCUGCGCGGGCUGGGCAUCCAGAUGUCGAGCAACGUCGGCGGCGGGUAUUUUCGUCUGGGGGGCGGCACGUACAUGAAGAGGACGCGGUUCAUUCCUACGGAGAAGAUCCAGGAUAUCUUGAUCAACGAGGCGUUCAAAGGGUUUGAGGUCCGGUACUACCUGGUGAUUGUGGUGGAGGGCGAGGAGGAUGUGGUGGUUUGCUUUCCGAGACUGUUGCCGAGACGGAAGAUCGUGGAGAGGGUGUGGCGGGGCGCGAGGGGGUGUUUGUAUGAGAAGGAUGGACCGGUGAUGAGCGCUGGGGCGGGAGGUGGGAGUACACAUAAUGGGAACUGGAGAGGGGGAAACGAGAAAGGGUAG